GCAUAUAUCAAUCGCCUCCUCUCCGGCUCAUCUCUCUCACAAGCCUCUCCUUCCCCUCCAAGAGAUAUCGUAGGGUAUCUACAAAUCAGAGUUUGUCAAAAUGGUGAAGUUUACGGCCGAUGAGCUUCGUAGGAUUAUGGAUUACAAACACAACAUCCGUAACAUGUCCGUUAUUGCCCAUGUCGACCAUGGUAAAUCCACCCUGACUGACUCCUUGGUUGCUGCUGCUGGUAUCAUUGCGCAAGAAGUUGCUGGUGAUGUCCGUAUGACUGAUACUCGUGCUGACGAGGCUGAACGUGGUAUCACCAUCAAGUCCACGGGUAUCUCUCUCUACUACGAGAUGACCGAUGCUUCCUUGAAGAGCUUCACUGGCGCCAGAGACGGGAACGAGUACCUUAUCAACCUCAUCGACUCUCCUGGCCACGUUGACUUCUCCUCUGAGGUCACUGCUGCGCUCCGUAUUACCGAUGGUGCCCUUGUGGUGGUUGACUGUAUUGAGGGUGUCUGUGUUCAGACUGAGACUGUGCUGCGUCAGGCUCUUGGUGAGAGGAUUAGGCCCGUGCUGACUGUGAACAAGAUGGACAGGUGUUUCCUUGAGCUUCAGGUUGAUGGUGAGGAGGCUUACCAGACGUUCCAGAGGGUCAUUGAGAACGCUAAUGUCAUCAUGGCAACGUAUGAGGAUCCUCUCCUUGGUGAUGUUCAGGUCUACCCUGAGAAAGGAACCGUCGCCUUCUCUGCUGGUCUCCAUGGCUGGGCUUUCACCCUGACCAACUUUGCGAAGAUGUAUGCUUCCAAGUUCGGUGUUGACGAGACUAAGAUGAUGGAGAGGCUGUGGGGUGAGAAUUUCUUUGACCCUGCCACCAGGAAAUGGAGCGGCAAGAACACUGGGUCGGCUACUUGCAAGCGUGGGUUUGUGCAGUUCUGUUAUGAGCCCAUCAAGCAGAUCAUUGCCACUUGCAUGAAUGACCAGAAGGACAAGCUGUGGCCUAUGUUGCAGAAGCUUGGUGUCCAGAUGAAGUCUGAUGAGAAGGAGCUCAUGGGUAAACCUUUGAUGAAGCGUGUCAUGCAGACUUGGCUCCCUGCAAGUACCGCAUUGCUUGAGAUGAUGAUCUUUCACCUUCCGUCGCCCCACACUGCACAGAGGUACCGUGUUGAGAACCUGUAUGAAGGUCCUCUCGAUGAUCAGUACGCCACCGCCAUCAGAAACUGUGAUCCUAAUGGCCCUCUCAUGCUCUAUGUUUCUAAGAUGAUUCCUGCCUCAGACAAGGGGAGGUUCUUUGCUUUUGGUCGUGUCUUCUCUGGAAAGGUGUCCACUGGUAUGAAAGUCAGGAUCAUGGGUCCCAACUUUGUUCCUGGUGAGAAGAAAGACCUUUACGUCAAGAGUGUUCAGAGGACUGUCAUCUGGAUGGGUAAGAGGCAAGAGACUGUUGAGGAUGUUCCCUGUGGUAACACCGUUGCUAUGGUUGGUCUUGAUCAGUUCAUCACCAAGAAUGCUACGCUGACGAAUGAGAAAGAAGUUGAUGCUCAUCCUAUCCGUGCGAUGAAGUUCUCUGUGUCCCCUGUUGUACGUGUUGCUGUUCAGUGCAAGGUCGCUUCUGAUCUUCCCAAGCUUGUUGAGGGACUUAAGAGGCUGGCCAAGUCUGAUCCUAUGGUUGUCUGCACAAUGGAGGAGUCAGGUGAGCACAUUGUUGCUGGUGCUGGAGAACUCCAUCUUGAGAUUUGCUUGAAGGAUCUUCAGGAUGAUUUCAUGGGUGGUGCUGAGAUUGUCAAGUCAGACCCUGUCGUCUCGUUCCGUGAGACUGUUUUGGAGCGGUCUGUGCGCACCGUGAUGAGCAAAUCACCAAACAAGCAUAACCGUCUGUACAUGGAGGCUAGGCCUUUGGAGGAUGGUCUUGCGGAGGCUAUUGAUGAAGGCCGUAUUGGUCCAAGAGAUGAUCCCAAGAUACGUUCCAAGAUCUUGGCAGAGGAGUUUGGUUGGGACAAGGAUCUUGCAAAGAAGAUAUGGGCGUUUGGACCUGAAACCACAGGGCCCAACAUGGUUGUUGACAUGUGUAAGGGAGUUCAAUACCUGAAUGAAAUCAAGGUUUCUGUUGUUGCUGGGUUCCAGUGGGCUUCCAAGGAAGGUCCUCUUUGUGAUGAGAACAUGAGAGGGAUCUGCUUUGAGGUUUGCGACGCGGUGCUCCACUCUGAUGCUAUCCACAGAGGUGGUGGUCAGGUUAUCCCGACGGCGAGGAGGGUUAUCUACGCCUCGCAGAUCACCGCCAAGCCCAGGCUGUUGGAGCCGGUUUACAUGGUGGAGAUCCAAGCACCAGAAGGAGCUCUGGGAGGAAUCUACAGCGUGCUGAAUCAGAAGCGUGGACACGUGUUUGAGGAGAUGCAGAGGCCAGGAACACCGCUGUACAACAUCAAGGCGUACCUGCCAGUCGUCGAGUCAUUUGGAUUCUCAAGUCAGCUUAGAGCGGCAACCUCAGGACAGGCCUUCCCUCAGUGUGUGUUUGAUCAUUGGGAGAUGAUGUCGUCUGACCCAUUGGAGGCAGGGUCGCAGGCUUCAACGCUGGUGACUGACAUCAGGAAGAGGAAGGGUAUGAAGGAACAGAUGACUCCAUUGUCUGAUUUCGAAGACAAGCUGUGAGCAGCAAGCAAGCAGCCAACAAGGCUCACUAUGGUCACCCUUUUUCUCUCGAUCUCUACUGCAUUUUGUUUACUGUUUACUCUGUUUUGGUGGUUAUGAUGAUGAUAUGACUUUUAUCUGCGGCCACAUCCGCUUGAAUGUUUUGCUUUUUUUUAGUUGAGAACUGGUUUAUCUUUGUGUUUACUCUUUGCGCACUCUCUUAUUAUCCUGUUUGCAUUGGAACGUUGUUAUAAUU